CGCGGAUUUGCUGCUUUCAGGACAACGCGGGGUGAUGAUAGUGAAAAGCCGGUGCAGUACGGACUGAAGGACGAAAAUCGGUCUGGAUACAGAAGAAAAACCUGCAUCUUAUUUGCAUAAGUCGUUGUCUAGCCCUUCACUAGCCAUGAGCACUUCCCACCCUCUGCACAUCCACUCCCCCUUGCGCGAGAGCCUUGACCUGUCCACGGUGGCGGGGACCCCCGUUUACCUGAAGAUGGACUCCAGCCAGCCCUCGGGCUCCUUUAAGAUCCGUGGCAUUGGUCACCUCUGCAAAGCGUGGGCGGAGCGAGGCUGCAAGAGAAUCGUGUGCUGUUCAGGCGGGAAUGCGGGCAUGGCAGCUGCCUAUGCUGCCCGCCAUCUGGGCAUGCCUGCUACCAUCGUGGUGCCCACGGUGACCCCAGACUUCAUCCUACAGAAGCUGAAGGACGAAGGGGCCACUGUGAAGGCAUACGGCAAGAUGCUGAUGGACACUCUGGAUUAUGCCAGACAGCUCAUAGCCAACAACCCCAGCUGGGUGCUCAUCCCCCCCUUUGACGACCCCCUCAUCUGGGAGGGCCACGCGUCAUUGGUGCGGGAGCUGAAGGAGGAUCUGGAGGUGAAGCCCGGCGCGGUGGUGCUCUCCGUGGGCGGCGGGGGCCUCCUGUGCGGCGUGGUGCAGGGCUUGCGAGAGGUUGGCUGGGGGGACGUCCCUGUCAUUGCCAUGGAGACCGCUGGCGCGCACAGCCUGAAUGCCGCGCUGCGUGCAGGACAGCUGGUCACCCUGCCUGAAAUGACGAGUAUCGCCACGACACUGAGCGUGAACAGAGUGGCUGCUCAGACGCUGAAGCUGGCUACUGAGCACAGGGUCUUCUCGGAGGUGGUGACGGACCAGGAGGCCGUCAAGGCCGUGGAGCUCUUUGCAGACCACGAGAGGACCUUGGUGGAACCAGCCUGUGGUGCCGCUCUGGCGGCCGUUUACUCUAAUAUCAUCGAUCGGCUGAAGACGGAGGGCAAACUGCCCCAGGAUAUGGGGCCGGUGGUGGUGGUGGUCUGUGGGGGCAACAUCAUUGGCUUAGGGCAGCUGCAGCUGCUGAAGAAGAAGGUGGGCUUGACAAGCUAGGCUGUUAAGCCCCUCCCACUCCUCCUCCAGCACCCUUAUCUGCAGCUAUUGGGACAGACCAAUACACCCUUCAGCCUCAGUGUCCAUAAAGCAGGGGUGCCCAAUCUUAUCUGCAAAGGGCCGGUGUGUAUGCAGGUUUUUGGGAUAACCUUUAGGUCAGCUGUUCAAACCCAGGUGUGAGGACUCUUCAUCCAAUCAGUCCUCUAAUUAGUAAUCUAAUUAGGGAGUUGCAGCGAAAACCCGCAUACACAGCGGCCCUUUGCGGAUAAGAUUGGGCACCCCUGUCAUAAGCCCAUGGAGGUAACACUGCCAGCAGUUUCACAGGAGAAUGCCAGGAGCCUCAUUAGAGGCAUUUAAUUGUAUUUCAUUUUAAUCUAGAUGUAUUAAUUUACAUUAUAUUCAUUGUUAUACUGAAUGUAAAUAUUUUUAUUAUGUCAUGUGGUGUAAGUAAAAGGGGGUACAAAUCAA